AUGACGGCUCCGAACGAUACUAGCUAUGACUAUAUUGUCUGCGGUGGCGGAACUUCCGGGUGUGUUAUCGCAGCUCGCCUUGCAGAGAACCCAGAGAUCACGAUUCUUCUCAUUGAGGCUGGUCAGCAUAGUAAAGAUUUGGAGAAUGUACAAAUGGCGGGCGGAUGGUCGAACAAUUUCGACUCCGAAACAGAUUGGAACUUUGUCACUCCGCCGAUGAAAGGUGUGGAUAAUCGCCAGGUUAAAUUGAGCCGAGGUCGAUUCCUCGGCGGAUGUAGUGGCUGCAAUGGCACGCUUUGCAUCCGUGGUUCCAAGCAAGAUUACGAUGAUUGGGGAUUAGAAGGAUGGGGCGGAGAGGAAUUUUUCAAGUACAUGAGAAAGGCCGAAACUUUCCACCCCAAACCAUGGCACAAAGCCGAUCCUGAAAGCCAUGGCUACUCUGGUCCACUGCAUACCGAACCCCAUGACCUGGCUCCUAUCUCCAAUUUAAUACUUCAGUCAUUGGAGUCACAGGGAAUGCCCCUACAUCACGACAUGUUCAGUACUGGCGAUGUUGCACAGGGGUGUGGCCAUGUACCUCGCACGGUGUAUGAAGGGAUUCGAACAACAGGUGCCGAUUUUGUGACCAAGAAAAAUCACCGUAACAACAUAACAAUCAUCACCGGUACGACUGUAGACAAAGUCGUUUUCAAGGAGCAAGACGGACAAUCUCGGGCGUCCGGCGUAAUCACCAAGGUGGACGAUGGCACUUCCAAAACAUUUUUUGCCCGAAAAGAAAUCAUCAUCUCUGGAGGCGCAUACUGUAGCCCUGCAGUCUUGCUGCGCUCGGGUAUCGGCCCCAAGGAGGAACUUGAGAAGCAUUGUAUCCCGGUCGUAGUGAACUCGCCCGGCGUUGGGAAGAACCUCAUGGACCACCUGAUCGUCUUCAUGUUCUACGAAACCGAGAAAGCAGGUCUAACAAAUGACUAUGCUGUAUACCAUGAUGAUAACUUUGAACACACUUACCAACUCUGGAAAGAAAAGAAAACAGGCUUCUUGUCCACAUUUCCUUUUGGGAUCUUUGCCUUCGCCAGAAUGGACGAGCGACUCAAGGACGAACCCCUCUGGAAAAACGCGCCACGUCUUCCAGGUCGCGAUCCAAUGGGACUUGCCCCGAACCAGCCGAAUAUCGAAUUCUUCACUACAGAGUGCUAUGGCGGUCCGAAGCAAUACGACCAAUUCCCGGUCAAUCACCAGCAUGCCUUCUCGAUGAUCGCCGAACUUUUUGCUCCAAAGUCUCGCGGAUCAGUGACGUUGACGUCGGCCGAUCCAUUGGAGAAUCCUGUUGUUGAUUGUAACUACUUGGACGAUCCGUUGGAUAUGCUGGUUCUGAGUGAGGCAUGUCGGUUCGGUAAUGAGGUGGUUAUGAAUGGUACCGGGACAAAAGAUAUUGUCAAGGGGUCUUGGCCAUCUGAUUUGAAGCACCAUACCUAUAAGACGAGGGAAGAGUGGAUCCCGUAUGUGAAAGAACAUGCGACUACCUGUUACCAUGCUUCGGGUACGUGUGCAAUGGGACAAGAGGGGAAUCCCAUGGCUGUUUUGGAUGAGAAAUUGCAAGUUCGUGGUGUGACUGGUUUGCGUGUGGCUGACACUAGCGUUAUGCCGACUUUGCAUGGUGGCCAUACUCAGAUGCCUGCUUAUGGUAUUGGGGAGAAGUGUGCGGAUCUCAUCAAGGAGACAUGGCGCCAGGCAGGAAAUGUCUACUCUCGUAUUUAA